GAUCGAUGUGACCAGGGGUAAAGAACCACAAUCGAACUUUGAGGCGGCAAAGUUCCUUUAGUUGUAUUUUUUUUAAUUUAAUUUUAAAUAUUAAAUCUUCUUGUCACAAUCAAACCUCAUUACGCACAGUUGAUCCUCCGGCUCUCCGGUCCGAGAAGAUGCCCAAAUCCCCACCGUGCGCGUUCCCGUGGUCCUCCAUGUGGAUGGCAUCUUUGGCAACUUUGAUGGUGCGGUCGGUUCUCUCUUCCUCCUCCUCCUCCUCCUCUGCAUAUCAGAGACCUGCGGCGGGCGGCAAGCGGCCGGGAUUCAUGGAGAGGACGCUGGUUCUCCUGGACGCCAACACCCGCAGUCCGAUCAGAGUCCUCAACGACAACUUCCUCUCUCUACAGCUGGACCCAUCGAUCAUCAAGGACGGUUGGCUGGACUUUUUGAGCUCCAAGCGGCUCGUGACCCUGGCGCGCGGCCUGUCUCCGGCCUUCCUGCGCUUUGGCGGAAAGCGCACCGACUUCCUGCAGUUCAACAACCAGAAGAACCUCGCGAAGUUCAGGGGCCCGGGGCCAGACUAUUACCUGAAGAACUACGAGGACGAUAUAGUGCGCAGUGACAUUGCACUGGACCAACAGAAGGGCUGCAAACUGGCCAACCACCCGGACAUAAUGCUGGAGCUGCAGCGGGACAAGGCUGCCACCACACAGCUCGUCCUGCUCAAAGAGCAACUGUCCAACAUCUACAGCAACAUCACGAUAACAGCCAGGUCUUUAGACAAACUGUACAACUUUGCCGACUGUGCUGGACUGCACCUGAUCCUGGGGCUCAACGCGCUGCACAGGAACCCAGACAACUCCUGGAACACCUCUUCCACCCUGAGCCUCCUCAAGUACAGCGCUGGAAAGAAGUACAAUAUCUCCUGGGAGCUGGGAAACGAGCCUAAUGCCUACCGCAGCAUGGUGGGCCGUGCGGUCAACAGCACCCAGCUGGCCCAGGACUACACCAAGCUGCGGACCCUGCUGCAGUCUGUGCGCUACUACCACCGAGCUCAGCUCUACGGGCCCAAUGCAGGACGACCCCGGAAGAACGCCAUCCUCCUGCUGGAUGGGUUCAUGAAGAACGCCGGCUCUGUUGUGGAUGCAGUUACGUGGCAACAUUACUACAUGGACGGCAGGGUGAACAAAGCGGAGGACUUCCUGAAAACUCGCCUGUUGGACACACUGACUGAGCAGAUUACUAAAGUCACCAAGGUUGUGAACACACACACUCCCGGUAAGAAGGUGUGGCUCGGUGGACUGGGGCCGGCGUGGACAGGAGGCAUCAAUAAUCUCUCAGACACGUACGCUGCCGGCUUUCUGUGGGUGAACACGCUGGGUAUGGCUGCUGUGCAGGGGAUAGAUGUUGUGUUACGCCACUCGUUCUUCGACUACGGAUACACGCACCUUGUGGACCAGCACUUUAACCCUUUACCUGACUACUGGUUUUCUCUGGUCUUCAAGCGCCUGGUGGGUCCGAGGGUUUUGGCGGUGCGGGUGGCUGGACUGCAGCGGAAGCCGCAACCGGGACGAGUCAUACGAGACAAGCUACGCAUCUACGCCCACUGUACCAGCUUUGACAAUCAUAACUAUGUGAGAGGAUCCAUAACAAUCUACAUCAUCAAUCUGCAUCGGUCGCGAAAGAAAAUCAAGUUGGCGGGAACGUUACGGAACAAAACGGUCCACCAGUACCUGCUGCAACCCCAUGGCACUGACGGACUCGGAGCCAAGCACGUCCAGCUGAACGGGGAGAGGCUGCUCUUGUCGGACAAUGAGACAUUCCCGGAGUUGAAGCCCAAGACACUGAGGGCGGGACGGACCAUAGCCAUGCCUCCCCUGAGCAUAGGCUUUUACGUGAUCAAGAACAUUAAUGCGUACGCCUGUCGGAGAUAACACAGACCCUUCACCAAGUAGGCGCGAUGCUGAGGAACCACCCGCCCUCUGCCGGCUUGAAUUACAGCUUUAUAAACUGGUGUGGCUCUUCUUCUUUUUUCUUUUUUUUCAUUGUCCAGGAAAACAGAGGGAGAUCAGAACUAGGAACAAGGAUUUUAUAGAGUUUUGCUCAAGGACACUUCAGUAGAGUGGACACAUGGCUUGAAUACAGUCCUCAGGUUUGACAACAGUCUUUUAUUUCAGUGGUUAUAUUUCUACACAAAUAAACCACCAGCACUUCCCAUGUUCUCCUCUCCGGUCCCGCAUAGAAAGACUUGCCCACGACGACACACACAACGGGCUGCACUGAACCCUUUUCAGCUCUUUUCACCUGUGUAUGUAAAGACAGUGGUUCGUUGUGCCUUUGUAUGAUGUUUGUGUUUUGGAGUUACAGAGAGGCAAUAUCAAAAGGUCCACACAGUCUUUGACUUGAUUUACCUCUAUUUUCUGUCUGAUUGUCAAAGACAGCAUUUGUUUUCUCUGUCUACCAAGAAAUUUUCCUAACAUUUCAUUGACAGACAGAAAAGUACGAGAGGAAACUCUGAACAGGCAGCGUUUCAGAGGCAUACAAACGUCACAUUUAGUUUAACUUGAUGCUUUCCACAAUGAGAAAAUGCAGAGGUGUGUGUGUGAGGUCAAAUCCUGGACUAACCAAGUGGUGUGUGUGUGUGUGUGUGUGUGUGUGUGUGUGUGUGUGUGUGUGUGUGUGUGUGUGUGUGUGUGUGUGUGUGUGUGUGUGUGUGUGUGUGUGUGUGUGUGUGUGUGUGUGUGUGUGUGUGUGUGUGUGUGUGUGUGUGUGUGUGUGUUUGUUUUAUACUGAUAAAGCUACUGAUGUGUCUGUCGAGUCUGAAAGUGUGUGUUUCUUCCCCUGCCAUGUCAGAGUGGCUUAACGGGAAGUUCUGUUUCUUUCAAGGCUGUUUUUUGUAUGUUUUGUGUGUCGUUGCCUUUUUUUGCUGCAGGUUUCAAUUUCCAACCAGAGUAACAGCCAGCAUGUGUCGCUGCUGCUGUUUUGCUGAAGGACAAUGUGAACCCAUCCAAGACAUCUAUCUGUCCCCACGCAGCCUGCACUCACACAAAAUCCAGAUUAUGCUUUAGAUUCAAAUUCUAAAUUGUAAAAAAAUCAAAACAACAACAGUUUUUCAGGUGUAUUUGAACCCAUCUCACUUUCUCUUUAGUGUGAUCUCACAAUUCAUAAUUCUCUUAUGCUGCUAGUUAUUUUGUUUUUUAAAUUUACAUUAUAUAUUUUACAUACAUGUGUACAGAUUUACUGGUCAUAUAUUAUUAGAUAAUGUAUUGUACAUAAAAAAGAAUAAUGAAAAUAAGGGAUUGAUAUGUUUACUUAUAUACAGUAUACACUUAAUUUAUGAUUCAAUACUUUGUCUUUAUAUUUCUUUGAUAAAGGACGCUUAAUGCCCGAACUCUAAAGCAAAAUCCAAUUUUUUAAAAAACAUAUUCAUGAAAUAACAGGUUGACCAAGUGACUGUGUUUGUAUGCAAAUGUCAUAGGCACAGACAUUUUUCUUUUUUUGCAAGAAAAAGGAGAAGUCAAAGUUUCACAUCUGCAUUUAUCUGCAUUUUAUUUCCUAAAAUUUUGACAACUUGUUUUUUCUCCUAACUAAAAACCACAGAGUGAGUAAAACCACUGCUUGGAGAGAUUUGGUCAUGUUGCUUAAUAACAUGUGUUCCAGACUGACACGAAUAAGGACAAUGAUAACAUGGAUGUAUGCAGGACAAGGUUCAGUGCCUGGACAUGUUCAAUAUAAAAUAAUAUUUGUCCUCUGAAUGUUUUAUAGUUAAUGUAGAGAUGUUUAUAUUUCUGUUGGAGAACAUUGUUUUAAUAUGUCAAGUGUGCCGAUAUAUUAUUUUGUUUAAGAAAAAAGUUUAAAUUGAUAAUAAACUACUACAAAUACCAGA